AUCUGAUGUAUUUUCUUGAAUGCUCAGCUGCAAGGGAUCCCUCUAACUUGCUUGCCCAUGAGGCUGCAUUUGCGCUUGGACAAAUGCAGGAUGUUGAAGCUAUCCCUGCAUUAGAGGGAGUUCUCAAGGAUCUUUCACUGCAUCCAAUUGUCCGCCACGAGGCUGCUGAAGCCCUGGGAGCUAUUGGCUUGGAAAAGAGCAUUUCCCUGUUGAAAGAGAGUUUAGCAGCUGAUCCUGCCGUGGAGGUGCAAGAAACAUGCGAAUUGGCUCUUAGACGGAUAGAAGGGCAGAAGAAUGCUAGUGGCGCUGAAAGCACAACAAUUUCGCCUUAUCUAUCAGUUGAUCCAGCACUGCCUGCCAAGCAAGGACUUUCAGUAGAACAACUAAGGGAGCUUCUCCUCAACGAGCAAGAAAAGAUGUAUGAACGUUAUGCAGCUCUUUUUGCGCUUAGGAAUGAUGGCGGAGAUUAUGCUGUUUCUGCUAUCAUUGAAUCUCUAGGUGUGAAAAGUGCUCUACUGCGCCACGAGGUCGCUUAUGUAUUAGGUCAGCUGCAAAAUAAGGCUGCUUCAGAUGCACUUUCUGGUGUGCUGAAGAACGUCAAUGAGCACCCGAUGGUCAGACAUGAAGCUGCUGAGGCCCUUGGUUCAAUUGCGGAUCAAGAAAGCAUUGCGCUUCUGGAGGAAUUUUCCAAGGACCCCGAGCCCAUCGUCUCCCAAAGCUGUGAAGUAGCCCUCAGCAUGCUCGAGUACGAGAGAUCAGGGAAGUCGUUCGAGUUCCUGUUCCUCCAGACUCCUCAGGUGCAGCAGGAGUCCUGAGCCCAGCUUUGGAUAUAUACUUUGAUAGACCUGUCAGAGUCGACGGUUCGGUGUGGUAGUGGACAUGAUGUCUGAAUGAAGUGUCGUCGCCCUUUUCCGGUUCUUUUUUGGGUGUUCUUGCUUGACACCACACCAGGAUAGCAAAACGGCGAAAGAUACCACUGUGAAUUGCUCUCUGAUGAGAAUAUCAUGUACGCGUGCCUCGUGAAAACAGAAACUGAUACUUUGACGAAUUUGUUUGCCUGUGGAUUGUGCAUAUCUUCUGUCAUGGUGUGAAACA